AUGUCCGGAAGGUCAAGACAGGAUGUGCGGAGACAGUUGUUUCGCGGCAUCGGCUCGCGGAUGUCCUCCAAUAACCACAACAACAACCCACAGCAGCAGCAGAAGCUGGGCGAGGCUGCAACCACCCAACAGCCUCCGGAGCUGGUUGCCACUGCCAGCGGCGGGUCUUCUGGCUCGUCUGCCUCAGUCGCAGGUAAAUCCAAGCGUUAUGGAUUGGGGUCGUCGAAAUACAGGGUCAUCACACCCAUACCGUCACGUUCUCACCGAAAUGCAGGACUCACGCCGAGCACAGUCUCGAGUUCCAGUACAGUAGCUAACAGCGAGAUGGGAAGUGGACGUACGGACAAGCUGGUGAUACACAGACACGAGGAUUUGGACCUGGUGGACUACGAUUAUCGGACGUUUUCGUCACGGCAUCCACUGAGAGCGUCCAGUGUGCGAGCAUGGGAGCAAGCAGAGUCUGCAGCGGGAGUUCUGUUUAGUCGUGAGCGCGACCUAGACGAGCCUCCGCAGAUUUCAACGUCCUCAGGUCUGGUUUUGGUUGAGGAUGCGAAUCCAGUGAUACAGCUUCCAGGGGUGAGCAAACCCGAAACUGACAGAUUGAUGCGACUCCAGGCCACGGGAACAAGUGCGUUUGCUCCUCCACCGCAGGAUUUGUUUGAGCAGGCACAAUCUAAGGACAGACGCGGGAAACGGCGUCUGUCGCUGCUAGCACCACGUGAAUCUACAGCGUCCAGGAACGCCUACAAACUACGGUUGGACGCCUUGUAUGAGGCCAAGCCCGAUGUGGUAGGCGAAAUGGACGUGGACGAGCUAAGCGAGAUGAAGCAGUUGAACGAUCAGCUUGAAGCCGAGCUAGACGAGCUCCGGGUUCUCCGGAGACUCCAGCGGCUGGAUGCCGCACCGUCGUACGACCAUCUUUCUGACGAAGCUACGCCAGCUAAAAGCAAAAUCCAGGCAGAUUCACGACGCCAGAUGCUCAAGACUCGACUGGAUGAGGCACAAGCCACCGAUGGCUGGUUCCAGGCACAGCCGCAAUUGGCAGAAGACUACUGA